AGUACAUCUGAGUAAUAUGCCUCACAACAAUCUAAGGCUCAAGACUUAAAAUCUCCAAUUCAGAUGAAAAAGAAAUCUUAAAACAAGUACAAACAGAAAGGGAAGAACUUCUCACAUUCAUUUGAUAGAAGGAAGAUCAAAAUACCAUGGACAUCAGGGAGAGAAGUGAUUUACACCUCUUGAGAAUCUCUCGUGGCGCUCAUGAUCUAACCCAAGUGAUUAACUCAUGGUCCAAGACCUCAGCUCGUCGCACUGAAUCAACACAAAUGGCUAAUGAGCUUCUCAGAGGCUCUCUGGAGCUUCAACAGUCAUUACAAAUGCUUUCAAGGCUUCAGAAGGCCUCAAGAAGGAUGUGUAAGAAAAACAUUAGACAAAGAGGAAGAGAGGAAGAUGAAGAAGAUUACUUUUUCAUGGAAACAAGUUCGAAGAGUUAUGGGAGUUCUUGCUACAAGUUGCAGGAACCAAGACUCUCAGUUGAUUUUUCGACAAAUUCGGUGGAAGAGUUGAAGCAAGUGAUCAGAGAUAGGCUUUGCAAGCAGAACCAUCUGACAUUAAAAUCUGAUGAUGAGAAGGCUUUUUCAGACUCAGGUUUGAAGUUCACAGGCCGAAAAAUCAAUUUCAGUUCACAAAUAAAGAAGAUGAAAGCUCCAAAUUUGAUUGCAAAGCUUAUGGGAUUAGAACAAUUUCCAUCAGGAAGUAAAGAUCGCCAAGAAAUAAAACAAGUGGAUUGGAUGAAAGAACAACCUGAGCAAAAAUCACUGGAAGAGAUCAUUGAAACAAUGAGAUUCAAAGGUUUUCUGAAGAAUGAUUAUUCUAAGAGAAACAAAAUUCAAUCAGAUAUGCAUGGAAUCAAUUUUGAUCAGGAUGAUGAGGUCCUUCCCAUCGUGAUCUUGAAAUCUGUGAAUUUACCUCCUUGGGAUAGGGAGGAGAUCAAUUUAGCUUCAAUAAAAAUAUCAGAAAGGGAGAAGACAACAUUAGCUGAGUUGAUUUUGGAAGAAAAAACUUCUGAUCAUGAUUAUAUGCCAGUGAAGAGAAAGUUCAAGUACAAUACUGAACCAAUCCAGAAUUUGAGCAUCAAUGUUGAUCAAUAUAACAAGCAGCAAAAGAAGGUUAAUAUGGAAACUAAAAGGAUUGUGGAUAGAAAAAACUCAGUAAAUAAGGUAAAGAGAUUUGUAGAGUUGAAGCAAGUGACAGCCAUUGAAGCACCAAUAAACACAACUACCGUGGAUUCAACAAAUUCUGAAAAAGGAAAACUCGGAGUAAAGUUUAGCACCAAAACAUAUAAAAGCAUCAAGCAAAACAACAAAGACAACUUCUCGGCAAAUUCGAGGGCUCUAAAAUCUAACAGUAUAGAGCAAAAAACAAGAGAAAAACCUGUCAGAAAUUCUUUGACAGAAACAAAGAAAUUUGAAGAUGGAAAAUUGAGAAGUUCUGGAACUGAAACUCGUUCAAUUUGUACAAGCAACAGCUUGUUGAUCACCGAUGGCCCCCUAACUCAGGAAAAGAAGGAAACAAUCAUAUUUGUUGGCAAAGAUGAGAUCAAAAAAGACCACAAGAUAGUUUGUGAAGUGAUGCCAAGGACUAAACAAGCUCGAAGUAACUCAAGACUAAACAAACAAUCAACCAAGGUUUUCAACAAUGAACCAACAACAAAUCCAGCAGCUCAAUCUCGAAAUCUUUUCAAACAUCAACUCUUGAGCAGCAAAUCCUUCCAUGACUAUGCUGGUGAUCUCUUCGGAAUCGAUGCUGGCAUACCUAUACACUGUCAAGCAAAAAACUCAGAGGUUCUACAAGUUGGUGAUGAACAGUUGCUGCUUGAUUGUGCAAAGGAGCUAAUGGCGCUCAAAAGCCAAGAGAGUAAGCUCUCAAUCAAUCAAAUGCUUCAGCCACAUCAAAGAAAAAGAUCAAGGUUUCUCUCUUUCAACAACUUGUUGGAAGAAAUUAGUAAUGAGAUUGAAGAAUUGGCAAGUUAUAGUGAGAAUGGAGAUGGCAUUAUUGCUAAAAAUAGUCUUUACAUCAUCUUGGAGAAGGAUCUUAAUGCUACAUGGGAUGUUGGAAGGAACAACUGGGUUGGUCUUGAAGAGGCUGAUGCAGUUGCUGCUGGAGUGGAGACUCAAAUCAUCUCUAAGCUUAUUAUGGAGGUUGUCAUGGAUUUAGUUGUUUAGAGUAGAAUGACUUCUAUGCAACAGCCACAUAGUUGGGGAAAGGCAAAUUAUGACAGAUAAAAUUCAUAAAUUAUCGGAAAGCAUGAAAAAAUAAGUAUAUAUUUUAUACUAGUCAUAAUGAUUGUACUUUGGUAUUUACCAUUUAUCUGAAACAAAAGGAAUAAAAGUUUAUAAUCACGUCUA